GAUAUACAAGCAAGGAGAACAAUCCAGAAUCCUCAACUGGGACUUCAAAUACAAAACAUGUUGGCCUUGGAUUUGGGGACAAACUUGGAAUUGAAGGUAUGAACCUGCAUGGGAAACCUUCCAGAAAUGUGUUUGACAUGUUUGUAAAAAGCACUGUAAGUAAGCCUCUAUCUCCAAAAUCUUUUUUGAAGGUUCAUUCUCCUAUGCAGAAAUCUGUUAGUAAAACUCACCAUAAUUGCUCCUAUUUGUCAUUACUGUG